ACCAUUUUAAUCUUCAUUUUCUUUAAUUUUAGCGCAAUUAUUCAUUCACACGCUUGUCUUGGAGCUCAUUUGUUACGGCGUUGAAUUCAUGUUGAAUCGUUUCAUAUGAUUUGGUGCAACUGCUCUUGGUCUUGAUUUUGUUGUUUGUUUAAAUUUUAUUUGUUACCUUCCUGCUCUAGGUUAGGCAUAUCCAAAAUUUGUAUCUUGCUAUAGAAAAAUUGAGAUAGGUAUUUUUCAAACUGCCCUAAUGUUUAUUUUAUAUAUUUAUAAUUUUGAUCAAAUACAUGUAGGUGAUGUUGCUGUAGGGAGCAACUGUUAAUUUUUUUUUUCUUUUUGCCUUAUGCUAUGCUUGCCUUUAGGGCUGAUUGUGAGUUAUUUUGCAUAAUCUACCGAGCAUCAUUGCUGUGUGUAUUGAGUUCUGUACUUCUGUCUAAUACUGUAGUAUUUAUAGUUGCACUUUCAUGGAGCUUCCUUCCUGUGGAAAUUGGAAAAUGUGCUUUGUUAUAGUGCAAGCAUAACUUGUUCCUAUCUUACUGUUAUUUUUAAUUAAUUAAGAACUACAUAAGGUGCAAUUACUAUGAAAAUCUACCAUGGGGGCGUUUUUUAUCUUGUUUACAUGCCUGUAUCUCAGAAAAGUGGAAUAUUCUGCAGAACUAUGUGAAACUAUUUGAAUAUUUUGGAUAUUUAGUUAUCCAAACGUGUGUCAUGAAAAAAUAUGUAACAGCCAACCUUUUCCAGCAAAUAGAGAAGACGAAAAAGGAAAAACAUAGAGGUCAAUGCUACUGCACUUCCAAAGGAUGGAUUUUGUUCUGUAUAUUUGCUAAAGUGGGGCAAAGGACUAAAUAACUAGGAAGUGAGAAUACACUUUACAGUAAGGUUAUAAUAUGAAUCUAAUUGAUGAAGGGGAGAGCUCUGGCAUGUUCGUCCAGCCAGCAAAGCGGAGACGUGGUCGUCCACGUAAAUAUCCAAGCUUAAAGCAAGCUGAAGCGGCUCACACGCCCAGUUCUGAAGGAGGCAUAGCUCACCUUUCUCAGAGGAAACCGAGAGUAUGGUGGGCCAGUCAGUAACUGGUGUCAUUGAAGCCUCAUUUGACUCUGGCUAUCUGCUUACUGUUAGAAUUGGCUACUCGAGUACCAACUUGAGAGGUGUUGUUUUCAAGCCAGGACAUUGUGCUCCAAUUACAGCACAAAACGAUGUUGCCCCACGUGUUCAAAUGAUAAGAAGAAGUGACGUCCAUUUCAAUUUUGAAAACCAGAGUCAGACUCCUGUGGUGCCUUCGAAACGCAAAUAUGCACCACCCGGGAGAGCACCUGCUGCUCCCGUUGCACCUCAACCCAUUAGUUAUCCAAAUGGAUCACAAGAUUGCAACAAUGGAGAUGCUGACGUGCACAUGGUUGAACCUUUAUCCAUGUUACCACCGGGUCGAUCCAUACCAGUUGGCCAGGUUUCUCUUCCUGUGCAACCUUAUCCCAGCUGCCAAGUUUCCCAAGGUAGCCAGCAGCAUGAUAAUGGCUCGUUUAAUAAAGGCACCCCAACAGAUAUUGAUGCUAAGACCUCUUCCCAGACUUCAGAUACUAAACUUGAGGAAUCAUUGAAAUCUUCACCAGAAAACUCAGCUAUCGUUUCAGAACUAGACACCGGUAUUGGUAAUGAGCCAUUUCCGACUGAGACGCCACAUACAGAGCCUUUGUGCAACUAUGGAGCUGGAAGGAUGACUGAGCUUUUAAAGGCUUUGCAGGAAAACUCAAAAGAGACCCCGGUGAAAGUUGAUGAACAGCCAACUUCAGCUACACAAGUUGAGAUCGAAGAUACUGUCCCGUGAUGCAAUAAUGCUAAAUUUACGCCUCGUCCUGUGAUCUCUCUGACUUUAAGUUCAACAAAGAAGCACAAAUGGUACCCUCAUAUCUGGUAUAUGGUGUUUAAAAACUAGAACUACUAGUAAUUUUCUCUUCCUCUGGAUUUAGGAGGAAAUUUUUUUCUCUUUCAUUGCUAUAGAUUCAAAUAGAUGUGGACCCCAUGAGGGUGCAGUUAAAUUUAUCAAGUUUUGAUAUUAUGUUAA